AUGUCAGCCGCUGCCUCCACCUUCAAACACACAUCUGUCUAUGGAUUCACACAAAAGGACCAGUCCUCCUCCUCCUCCUCCUCCUCCUCUUCCUCUUCCUCCUCCUCCUCCUCCUGUUCUUCCUCCUCCUCCUACAGUCCAUUGAGGAGGCUACAGCGUCUGACCACCAUGGUGAGCCAGCCAGACCUGGUGCUAUCAGAGGGCGAAGAGGAGGAGGAGAGGGAGAGCAACUGGGAACAUGGGAGGAGGGAGAAGCAGGGCCAGAGAGCAGGGAGGAACUGCAGGUUGAGUCAUGCUGCCAGGGAAUAUUCUUCCAAUGGGAACACCAGCAGCCGGAAGAACAAUUCUGAGAACUCUUCCUCCCGGCAAAAACAACCUGAAGUCCGGGCAGGAAGUAGAGACAGGCUGGCAGCCAAUCAGAACGAUGCUAGCAUCUGUUUCUCGGAACCACCCAGUCCGGCUUUCUCUCUUGAUAGUAACAGCCCCUUUGCUAAUGACCUCCUCCAUUUUGAGUCCUCCUUGUUCGAGGAUGAUGACCACGAUGACAAAGAUGGCAACAACAACAACAGUGAGGCGCGGGUGAGGAUGACCCCCGCUGCAGACAAACAGGGUAGAGCAGCGAGUGCCCCAAAAUCUCCUGCUGGGGCAUCAAGUUCCGGCUCAGGUUCUAAAAACCCUGCCAGUGAUCCGGAACUGGUGGCGCCAUCAGCCAAGAUUGUUACCCGGUCCCAGCGGUCCGGUGAGCGUAGGAGAUACUGGGACGGAUCAGAUGAGGACUGGGAGAGUGACACCGAAACUUUCCUGUUUGGGAAAAGUCCCCCAAUGGCAAGUUUUACAUGUAGAGCACUGCAACCUCCUUCGAGCAGCCUGAAGAAGAGGCCUCUACCGCCAGUGAAGUUCUCAAAGGGUGAAAUCGUUUGGGCAAAGUUCAACCGGAGACCAUGGUGGCCUUGUGAGGUGAUCUUGGAUGCUGAACGAGGAAUCUACCACAGGAUGAAAGAGCGGAGUGAUCGACCGUGUCGCCUCUACAAUAUCAGUACCUUUGGGGAGCCAGUGGAGAAGGCCUGGGUAGAAGAAAAAGCCAUUCGCACCUUUAAGGGAGGCUUUGAAUUCGAACAGCUUCCCCUGUCUAACCGGAGAGGGAAGCCGAAGGAAGAGAACCCAAAAUACACUAUUGCUAAGCGUUUUCAGGAGUCAUGGAAAUCCAGUAUAGCACAGGCUGAGGCUGUUCUGCAACAUGGACCCGGGAUGGCCUCUAUGUCCUCCUCUGUGGAGGAGACCUUCCAAGAUGGUUCUUCUCCAGAAAGAAAGGACAAAAGCUGUCCAACAUCUCCACCCUCCACUUACCCUGUCCCCACUCCGCUGGAAACAUGUCACAUGGUCAACGGAUCUGUGUCAACCUUAAGCAAGACAACCCCAAAAAAGCCAAGCACUUUAAGAAAGACUGCCAGCAAGAAGAAAUUGAAUAAAUCUUCAAAAAAUGGUAGCAAUAAAAUCUGCAAAAAGACAUUUUGCAAGAGUCCUAACACAUUAGAGAAGGACAUGGAGGAAUGCCCAUACUCAGACCUUGACUCAGUCCCUAAGAUUCUUUGUCCUAAAGCACUUGAACGUCAGUCCAAACCAAUUCAGACUCUGCCUUUGGUUUCUAUUGUUAAAGAGGUGAAGAAGCAGCCAGAGAUCCAGACUGGCCUUUGGUUCAGUAAAGCAGGCAAAGACAGAUGGCCAAAAACCACCAGUCCUAUACCAGACCGCACACUUUUCAGCAAGUUGCCCUGUAAGAAAAAGACCCCAUCUGUAGGUAGUAAAAAGAGCCUGGUUGCUAGUGUCGCCUCCAGAUGUUCAGUGAGUAAAAAGCACCUGGUUAACAGUCAAGCUGUUGAGUCCUCUGAUCAACUGGAAUAUUCAAAGAGUGAAAAGGCCACAGUUUCUAAUCUAACUGACAGCUCCAUGGACCAAAUGAAAAGGCCAGAGAAGCAGAAAAAACAUGUCUCUUUUGAGUUAGCGAUGCCCCCACUCAAAUCAGGACAGAAGAAUGGAAAGGGUAAGAAGGCUUCAGACUCCAGGUCAACUGACCAGCUUGAAUGGUCUGAGAGAAGACAGGCAUCAGACACCAUUGUGACGUCUGUGUCUUCUAAACAGACAGAAUGGCCAGAUGGUGUAAAAGGCAUGUAUAAUCCACAACUUGGCAGUUUGGAAUUCCAAAAAGCCUCAGUUGCAAAGCUAACAGCUCACAAUGUGACUGAGUCGAGCAGCAUGGCUUCUGACCAGUCAGAAGGGAAGAAUACCCCACCCUCCAAUGUGACAAGUCACACUUCUGACCAGUUAAGCAGCUCAGAAGUCAAAAAGACACAAGUCACAAGUCUCACCCAGGGCAGUGGGCCUUACCUCCCCUUUAAGGAGUCAAGAUGGUUGGAAGGUGAAAAGACCCCAGCAUCUAGCCUUACAAGCAUUUCUCUUGACCACUCGGGCAGCUCAGAAAAGAGAAAUAUAGCCACCACUAGUGUUAACAUGACAAGCUUGGCCAUUUUUCAGCCAGGAGUGUCGGCUGGUGAGAGCCCUCCAGUCUCAGCAGUAGUAGGUUCACACCCUGAAGAAUCAAAGAAGGAAGUAAAUGAUUCUAAGAAAGUUCUAAAUGACCCACCUGCUCACCUUCCUGCCAGCAACCGUCUGAUGACUAGAGCUCUGAAAGCCAUGCAGGAAGCAGAGAAAAAAAGACAGGAAAAAGUUCUUAAUAACUCCAAGCAGAAGAAGCCCUCCAGACCAUGUAGAACAAAGGAACAUAAAACACCCACCUCCACUUGGAAACCAGAGACCAAACAGGACUUUUGUACUAAACUAAAAUCAAAGGUUGGUGGUGGGGACGAUAUUACAAGGGAUCAAAAUCAUAACAAAACAUUUACCAGCUGUAACUCUCCUUCCUGUCCAUCCGAUUCAAGUGACUUUACGUUUGAGGUCAAGAGUGAAGAUGAAGACUUCUCAAUAUCCUCCACCCCACCAAUGGACUUCAUACCCUUGACCUCCAGAAUAAAGACAAAGGGGGAAAGCCAUCUGUCAAACAUAUCCUCCUCCUCAUCUUCUUCAUCGCCUUUUUCUUUUAUGAGUGCAUUUAAAGACAUUGAGGAAAUAUCUUUCCAGUCUCUGACAAAUGACAGCAAUGGUAAAUCAGUUACGUUUAAACCGGAUACAAACUACAAGUUUAGUACCUUUCUCAUGCUGCUCAAGGACUUGCACGACACUAGGGAACGGGAAGGGGCUCCCUUAGAACUGGAGAUUGGACCGCCAAUUUCCCAUGUUAAGGAGGAGCCCUCAGUCAUUCCUACUUCACUUUCAGAGGCUCAAGAUCAACAUCAAGGCCUUUUGAGAACCUACAAAGAUGAACCUUUCAAUGGCAAGUCUAAACCCAAGUCUAGUCCAAAGAAAGAAAUUGCACACACUGGGCGGCGCUCAACUCAGCCUGCCAGGAGGUCCGGUAACAGAAAGAGCAGCUCUGCCACAGCCAGAAAGAAAGCCAACCGUAAAGUGCCUCGUCAGUUGGCCAGGUCAGGACCAGGCUACCAAGGACUUGAACCCAUGCCUCAAGUGGCACCUCCAUCAGUGGGGCAGGUCACCUGGGAGAGACUUGUCUGCGAGGGAGAUAAAGAAAGAGGUGUUGAGGAGGAGGAGAUGCCCAGUGCAACACACAACAGACAACAGAUUACUGAUAGUACAAUAACCUCUCAGACACAAAAGAGACUACUGGAGUGUCCUAAUGGUCCCACGACAGACUGCACUAAAAUAAACAUUCAGCCAAUACACAACACUGGAGGGGACCAGGCGCCAAUGGCAAAUAAACGUGUAAGAAAACCAAGCAAACGGCUGAUUGAAUGGACAGAAGAGUAUGAUCAGAUUUUCUCUUCAAGGAAGAAAACCAAAAAGCCUCUCCAGCCACCAGGAAAGGUAAACACUUUGCAGAUUAACUUUAAAUGUAGUUUUAGAAACCCGCUGGACAAGGAUACACACGACCGCCCGCCCACCAGCUUACUCCCUGAACUACAGACGCCACCACCCGAGGAAACUGCUUCAGCAACACCCUCAGAAGUACAAAUAUCCAGUUCUGAAAACUCAUCUUCCCAAGAUGCACCGGUACUUUCUAUUGACACACUAACCCCACCCCCUGAAGCUGAACCGUCGCUGUCAACAGAAGGCCUCAUCAAAGACAGUGAGAGUGUCCCCUCUCUGGAGAGGAAAAGGAAGAGGAAACCUACUCAGAAAAUUCUGGAAUAUUGUUUGGAGGCAGAGGCGUCAGCAGCCCCUAAGAAGAAGAUCAAGUCCUUGAAAAACAACCCAGCAAAUGCUUCUGGUGCCAGUGUGCCAUCUUCAAAAUCAAAAGACAAGCAGCUACCAGCAUCCAUGCCCAAGCCAACUGACCAGGUCUCCACCGCCGCCCCCUCCGUUAAUACGUUGGGUCCACCUGACUCUGAAAGUGCGGAGCAAGCACUAGACCAUGUGCAAGCAAGCAGAGAGGACUGCAAGUCACAAGAGGUCGGGAAGAAACCUGUGGACUCAGAGGAAAUAGUGAAAGUAAAAACCUUUAUUUUUCUCUCCCUGGGGAACCCUGGAAAUGACAUGUUUCAUCAGGAGCUCUUGCAGCUCCGAUUGGAGAGCAAGCUUAUGGUGCAUAUGCGCCGCACUCGGAAAAGUGUUCUGAGAGCAGGCAUACAUGAGUCUGAUGGGCUGUGGUUGCCAAGCAAGCAAGCCAAACCAGAGCCCUCGCUGCUGUUGCAUGAACUGGAGAGCUGUCUGGGGCAACCCAUAGGGGGCUCGUGUCGAAAGGGCCGACUGGAACACUCCAAGGAUUGCGAAACGUAUAAGCCCGCCGCUGGCUGCCACCAGGGAAAAAUUGAUGCAUCAGGCUUGGAUAACAGCUUCUCAUUAGUUAAGGAAGACUCUUCAGUUUGUGAUGACCCGCUCCUCCUGACCAGGAAGAUCAUUGGUGACAGAGGAGGUCCGGCUUCCAUGAAGGAGAACAUAUGUCAGGUGUGUGAGAAGACAGGAGAGCUGCUACUGUGUGAAGGUCACUGCUGUGGAGCAUUUCACCUGCCUUGUAUCUCCUUGGCUGAGGCUCCUAAAGGGAAGUUCAUCUGCCCCGAAUGCAAAUCAGGUGUUCACACUUGCUUUGUGUGUAAGAAACGCGGAGAAGACGUGAGGCGAUGUAUGAUUCCCGUGUGCGGGAAGUUUUACCAUGGUGAGUGCAUCGCCAACCAUGGCCCCACGGCACCGCUGAACCGAGGUUUUCGCUGCUCCCUACAUGUCUGUUUGACCUGCUUCAUCACCAAUCCCAACAGUCCAUCUAUCUCCAAAGGUCGUCUUGUGAGGUGUGUGCGCUGUCCUGUGGCCUAUCAUGCCACAGACCUUUGUAUGACAGCCGGCAGCGUUGUCCUCUCCAGUAACAGCAUUGUUUGUCCAAAUCAUUUCGUCCCUCGCCGUGGCGUCAAAAACCAUGAACAUGUGAACGUCAGCUGGUGCUUCGUCUGCACUGAGGGGGGCAGUCUGCUGUGUUGUGAGUCUUGUCCUGCAGCGUUCCACCGUGAAUGUCUGAACAUCGAUAUGCCCAAAGGUAGCUGGUACUGCAAUGACUGCAAAGCUGGGAAGAAACCCCAUUACAAAGACAUCCUGUGGGUCAAAGUGGGUCGGUACAGGUGGUGGCCAGCCGAGGUCAGCCACCCGAAAAGCAUCCCAGAGAACAUCCAGCGGAUGAGGCACGACGUGGGCGAGUUCCCCGUCCACUUCUUCGGAUCCAAUGACUACCUGUGGACCUACCAGGCUCGGGUUUUCCCUUACAUGGACGUGGACGCCAACAGCAAGGAGAAGAUGGGAAAGGGUGUUGACGCCCUUUACAAGAAAGCGUUGGAGGAAGCGGCGGUUCGUUUCCGUGAGCUGCAGGCUGAGAAGGAGAUGCGGCAGCUCCAGGAGGACAGAAAGAACGACCGGAAACCUCCACCGUACCGACACAUCAAGGUGAAUCGACCAAUAGGAAAGGUGCAGAUCAUCACAGCUGACCUGUCAGAGAUCCCGCGGUGUAACUGCAAGGCGACGGAUGAGAAUCCAUGUGGAAUGGAGUCAGAGUGCAUCAACCGCAUGCUGCUGUACGAGUGUCACCCGCAGGUUUGCCCGGCAGGCGAGCGCUGCCUCAACCAGGCCUUCACCAAGCGGCAGUACAGCCGGGUGGAGAUCUUCAGGACACUGUCACGAGGCUGGGGCCUCCGCUGCGUCCAUGAUAUCAAGAAGGGCGAAUUUGUGAGCGAGUAUGUUGGCGAGGUUAUCGACGAGGAGGAAUGCAGGUCGAGGAUCCGACACGCCCAGGAGAACGACAUCUGCAAUUUCUACAUGCUUACACUGGACAAGGACCGGAUCAUCGAUGCCGGGCCCAAAGGCAACGAGGCGCGCUUCAUGAACCACAGCUGUCAGCCCAACUGUGAGACGCAGAAGUGGACGGUGAGCGGAGACACCCGGGUGGGGCUCUUCGCCCUCAUUGAUGUCACUGCAGGCACAGAACUCACCUUCAACUACAACCUGGAGUGUUUGGGGAACGGAAAAACUGUCUGCAAAUGUGGCGCUCCGAACUGCAGCGGUUUUCUUGGAGUCAGGCCAAAGAACAACCCCCCGUCUGACGAAAAGGGUCGCAAGCUGAAGAGGAGGGGUCAGGGGAAGAAGAAGAAAAAGAUGGUGGUGACCAAGGAGAGGGAGGACGAGUGUUUCAGCUGUGGUGAUGGCGGUCAGAUGGUUUCCUGUAAGAGACCAGGAUGUCCGAAGGUUUACCAUGCCGACUGCCUCAACCUCACCAAGAGACCUGCAGGGCGCUGGGAGUGCCCAUGGCACCAGUGUGACAUAUGUGGCAAAGAGGCGGCAUCUUUCUGUGAGAUGUGUCCCAGUUCCUACUGCUGUCAGCACCGCGACGGACUGCUCUUCAUCUCCAAACUGGACGGAAAACUCUCCUGCAGCGAGCACGACCCCUGCGGCCCCGAGCCCCUUGAGCCUGGUGAGAUCCGGGAGUAUGCUACCGAACCCCGGGCACUGACCUUGGGCCCAGGUGUGACCGUGGUCUCCCCCGUGGCCUCGGACGUUGCUGAGGGAGGAGUGCUGGACGAGUUUAGGACCAGAUCCACUGAUGGCCCCUCGAGGUCUUUACCGUCACUCUCAGUUCCAUUGCCCAUCAGCAUCCCUGUGUCCCCUGCUGCCAUCUCCAGCUGUCCCAGGAGCCCCCUGCCAUUCAGCCUGCCGCAGUACUCGCCCAUAUCCUCGUAUGAGGAGGAGGAAAGGGAUGUGGUGGAGGAGGACCUAAUAGGAGAGGAGGGAGAGGUAGAGGAGGAGUUGGAGGGGGAGGAGGGUGAAGCAGGGGAGGAGAUGACAGAUGGACUAGAGGAUGGAGGACUGGAAUACCUGGAAAUCAAAGAUGAAGAUGAAGAAGAAGAGGAGGAGGAAGAGGAUGAAUGA